CGUAUGUAGUAAAUACCGUCUUCCCAUUUGGUUAUUAACCGUGAAGCGAUCUGCCAACCAAUCCCAAUGAAGAAGAAUAAGUAGGUAACGAAUCACCAUCAUUCAAACUACCAUUACGCGCGAAAGCAAGAAACAAGCUCAGAUAUCGCUUGAAUGGAAUAAUCAGCACAAUAUUUUGCGAUGUUGGAUGCAUUUGGGUUAAUCGAUAGAGCUAACCGGGCUGUAGGCAUAUUUGAUUUGAGAGGAAUAUGUGAAAUUGGGUUAUACGUUUCCAACUUAGAUAUAGCUAGCUAACGAGACGCAAGCUAGCCAUCAUCAGACAAUACUGAUUGUAUAACGUUAGUGGGACUACUGCACGUUACCAUGAAGAGGACAAAGUUAAAGAACUCCGUUAUUGGAGACCAACAGAAGACGCUUUCAUCAUUUUUCUCCCUAAACAAGAUCAAGGAGCUGAAUCCUCCCUUGAAGAAAACUGACUCCAGCAAAACUAUGACAGACCCUGCAAAUGUGAACACGUACAAGCGUAGUGUACUUGGGGGCAUUGAAAAUUCUUCCCCCUGUCUGGACAUCCUGUCUGUCCCAGAGACCCCUGACAGCCAGAUCAGAACCUCGCGGCCCUCCUACGACCCAGAAGUUGGACAUCUCUCGCCUAUCUGCCGCAGUCCACGGCCCAGAGAUGGCUGCUCAAAGAGAGAGAAUUCUCCUAGGGCUGCAUUGUUCUUUGAAAGGGGUAAGACCAGUCCCCCACCCCAGAAACAGACCGGUACUAAGAUCAGUAGCAUGCGGCGUUGCUCUGUGAAAAGACUGUUUAGUCCAGAGGGUGUGCAUGAUGCCAAACGUCCCAAAACCAUGCCGAUUAAUAGGCCUUCUGUUAACUCUCUGCUGAAACCUGUCAUUCCCGGAGACAACAUCCUGAGUGAAUGCUUACAAGUCAUUGCUGACACUCAAAAGCCAAACGGCACUAUGCACCGACAGGGCACAGGGCUUGGCGGCCGAGCUGUUAAUGUCAGAAAUCCGCCUCAGGCUGGGCAGGCACUCUCCAAAGUUGAUGCCGUAAUAACAUUUGGAGCCAAGGGGAAGAUGAGAAACACCAUGCCGUCGUUAAAGCCACUCUCUGUCAAAAGAGCGUCGUCCUUGUCCUCCAAUGAGAGUUCUCCCCCUAGCAGCUGGAGUGACUAUGAGGAGGAGGAGCAGCAGAGUGCUUUUACCGUCGUGACCGAGCAGAAAGCUUCCCGGGAACAGUGUAGAUACCCUACAGACUUAAAUACCCGCAGUGGGCAUGUGAUUUCUCCUAGCUGUGACAAAAGUAGUAAUGUCCCUUUCAAGAGUGGAAAAACUAGCCUUCCGUGUCCAUCCAAUUCCAAAAUGGGCUUAAUGGAAGUUGAAAGCUGUGCUGACAGAGAUGGUAUCCCUGAUGGGAGUAGAGAGGUACCAUUGGAGAACCAGCUGGAGGGGCUGGAUGACAAAUGGUUUGAUGACAAAAUGGAGGAGAGCUCUAAUAACCCUGCAGAUGAGAGAUCCACUGCUGGCAGUAAAAAGAUGGACAUCCCAGACCAUGUUAUUCUGACAACUGGGCUGCACAACCGCUACUGGGUACUAGAUGUGAACGAGGUCCCUGGUGUUCGUGGCUCCGUGGAGAAACAUCUGACUAUCACUGCCUCAAAGAUGUGUCAUCCCACUGAGCUCUGCAUUCUGAAGGAUGGAUGGGAGUCCACACCUGUGUCCUUGGGUGAUGUAGUUCACCUGGAGGGCCAAUGUGUCUCUGGGACCUGGCUGAUAGACAAAGACUCCGGGUUCCUGGUUCUUCUGCCUGAUGUGCUCAUAUCGGGGACUAGCAUUGCCAGUGGGAUCCGCUGCAUGAGACGAGCUGUGCUAGGGGAAAUGUUUAAGAGUUUUGACGGAGGCUCCAAACAGAUGCUGAACGGUACGAUCGUUCACGACAUCUUCCAGAAAGCUGCGAUGUCUCAAGACUUCUCCUUGGAGAGGCUACAACAGCUGGCCAGCCAAGCCCUGCUCGGGCCCGCCUAUCUGGGAGACAUGUACACCCUGAGAGUGACUCAGCAGGACAUGAAGCAGGAGAUUUGGGAGUACCUGCCCGCCCUGACAGAAUGGGCCAGGGAGUACCUGACCUCCUCUCCUCAGGCAGGCAGGAAACGGUUAACUCUCAAGUUACCCAGCGACGGGGACCUGGUCCGGCAAGACUCUGCGUGCAGCGUCACGUUCACAGACUUUGUGGACAUCGAGGAGAACAUCUGGUCGCCGCGUUUCGGCCUCAAGGGGAAGAUUGACGUGACGGCGGGGGUGCGCAUUCAACGCGCGGGCAGACCCCCAGCCCACAGGAUCAUGCCCCUGGAGCUGAAGACGGGCAAGGAGUCCAACUCCAUCGAACACCGAAGCCAGGUAAUCCUUUACACCCUGAUGAGCUUAGAGAGACGCAGGGACGCCGAGGCCGGUUUCCUGCUCUACCUGAAGACGGGGAACCUCCACCCUAUAGUCGGGAACCACAUGGACAGAAGAGAGCUGUUGAAAUUAAGAAACAGCCUGGCUCAUUACGUCAGCAACAGCACGAAGAAACUGGAGGGCCAGACACGGAUGGGACCUCUGCCUGACAUCAUCACAGACAAACAGGCAUGCAAGUGGUGUCCCCAGGUCAGGAACUGCUCUCUCUACGACAGGGGUGUUGAGAGUAGGGCUCCGGACUACCUCACCAGUGAGGCCCAGCAGUCGAUGGUGCAGCGGGAGAUUGAGCACCUGAAAGAGGCCCAUCUGCUGUACUUCAGCCACUGGCUGCUCCUCUGUGCCCUGGAGGCCCAAACCAUGGAGCGGAAGGGAGGGCGGCGCAACAUUUGGCUCCAGUCUGCCCAAGAAAGGGAGAAGAGUGGGAAGUGUAUGGGAGACCUGCAGCUGAUUGGCCCGGUGGAGAACCAGGCGGACGGUGUGUUUGUGCAUCGUUUUGAGCGCUGCCCUGGCAGGGAGCGGGGCUCGACCGGGUUGAUCGUCGGAGACAGAAUUGUGGUGAGCGACCAGGAUUUGAGACUAAUCGGCGUGGCAGCCGGGUACGUCUUAGACACGGGAGUCACCGGAGCGAGCUGCUCGUUGGAUCGGGAUCUUUCAAAGUGUUCCUCCGAGGUUGUGUUUCGACUGGACCAGGACGAAGGGGUGAUGGGAAUGAGCACACACCUGGUGAACCUCUCCAAGCUGAUGGAAAACUCUGCGCCAAGUGCCAGACUGAGAGAGUUAAUAGUGGACUUCACCCCUCCUCAGUUCAUAGACAACCUCAGUAGUGUUCUUCCCAGAGAAGCUAAGGACACCGUAGCCAACAUACUGAAAGGUCUCAACAAACCUCAGAAACAGGCCAUGAAGAAGGUUUUGCUCUCCAAAGACUACACACUGAUAGUUGGGAUGCCCGGUACUGGGAAAACCACCACUAUAUGCACACUGGUGCGUAUUCUCCAUGCGUGUGGCUUCAGUGUGCUCCUGACCAGCUACACCCACUCUGCUGUGGACAACAUCCUUCUGAAGCUCCGGCGGUUCAAGGUGGGCUUCCUGCGUUUGGGCAGGGCCCAGAAGGUCCACCCAGACAUCCUGGCUUACACGGAGGAGAGGUGUCGGGCUGACGGCGUCCACACGCUUCCCGACCUGGAGAAUCUCUACAACAAGGAGUUGGUGGUGGCCACCACGUGCAUGGGUGUGAAGCACCCCAUAUUCACCCGUCGUCGUUUUGACUUCUGCAUCGUGGACGAGGCAUCCCAGAUCAGUCAGCCAGUGUGUCUCGGACCCCUUUUCUACGCCCAGCGUUUCGUCCUGGUGGGGGACCACCAGCAGUUGCCCCCCAUAGUGCAGAACAAAGAGGCUAGGUCGCUGGGGAUGGACGAGAGUCUUUUCAAGCGUCUCGAACGUCACAGUCAGGCUGUAGUCCAGCUUAAUGUCCAGUACAGGAUGAACAGCCAGAUCAUGUCCCUGAGUAACACCCUGAUGUAUGACGGGAGGCUGGAGUGCGGCUCGGAGCGCACGGCCAGUGGCGUGCUAGCCUUGUCCUCCCGGGCAGCUGUCCAGAAGGAGCUGGAGCACAGUCUGUGCGGGCCAGAAGACCUGGCGUGGGUCCAGGCUGUCCUGGAGCCUCACAACCCCGUCUGCUUCCUGGACACGGCCCAGGUGCCGGCCCUGGAGACGGUGGAUAAGGGGGGAGUCAGUAAUCGAACCGAAGCGGCUCUGGUUCACGGCAUAGUCAGCCUGCUACUGAAGGCGGGCUGCAGGGCCAGUGACAUCGGCGUCAUCGCUCCCUACAGGCAGCAGUUGAAGGCCAUCUCGGGCCUGCUCGUCGGACCGGCCUACAGCGGCGUGGAGGUCAACACUGUGGACAAGUACCAGGGCCGCGACAAGUGUGUCAUUGUGGUCUCCUUCGUCAGGAGCAACCCGGAAGGCAACCUGGGUGAGCUGCUGAAGGACUGGCGGAGGCUGAAUGUGGCCAUCACCCGAGCCAAACACAAGCUCCUCAUGGUGGGGUCGGCCCCCACCCUGCUCCGCUACGCCCCACUGGAGAAACUGCUCCGUCACCUCACACAGGAGAACAUGAUCUUUCAGCUCCCCCACGCAGCCCAUGAAGUAUUACCCACCAUGCAACUGUGACGUGUGACCCCUGUCCACACUCGGGAAAUC